UAUCCAACACAUUUUAAGGAAUACAAAUAUAUGUUUUUUUUUGUAAAUUUCUCUUUUUUUACUCGAUACUAUUUUAAUCCCAGUACUGGUGGAAAGUUAGCUAACAGCCAAAGACACUCAUCGUGACUCAAGAGGAUGCUGCGCCUAAUGUACAUUUACUAUGGCGCUCUCUGUCCCGGAUGGUCCACCCUGCGAGCCUUCAGCCAUGGCCAAAGCCACUUCAUCGAGCUCUGGCUGAAGUACUGGGUGAUAUACGCGCUGCUCCAAGGACUCGGAGUCCUGACGGACGUCCUUAUCGGCUGGCUUCCGUUCUACGCUGCCCUCAAGCUCAUCCUCUCCGUCGUUCUCUGGUUCAGUGCCCCGUACAGCACCAACCACCUGUUCAAUCUGAUCGGAAAGUACCUGUUGAGCAAGGUGGAAUGGAUCGUCGACCAGGGCGACCACUGGCAUCAGGCGCUCGGCAAAGAGGUAUUCCGCACCCUUUUGCAGUCGCCGCUGGUGGCUACGGUUAUCCCGAAGGAUCGGGAGGACCAGGGAGGAGGGCCCCAGCUCAACGGCGACCUCUUGAAGCGGGAACUCUCGGAGCUAAUGGCCGAGAUCGAAAAGGACGAGGCCUCUAGGUGCCAGCAGCCCAGAAUGAGUGGGAGGAACCUCCACAGGCCUCAGUUGGCAUCCGGCGAAGGCCUUCAGAGCACCAACGUGGACAACUUUAUCGGCUAUCUGACCCAAAGACUGGAGGAUCAGCACUCGGAGGAGGACAGGCCUUGGCACUCUCUGCGACGCAGUAAGAGAAUGAACCCGGGCCAUCCCAAGUAGAUUUUCGAACUCCAUUGCUGUUGUUUUCGUGCCCUUGCCAACGUCAGUGAUUAAAUGCGGAAUCUGAUCUGAUCGGACUGUCCGGUACCUGGUGUUGACUCAUUUCUGGGGAGUUUACAGAAGCAGCUGCCGGUGCGACCUCCCAUUAAUUAUCAAUUAGAAAAGUUCAAUGCCAGAGGACGAGCGUGUUAAUUGAUUCAUGGGUCGGCGCCAGGAAUCGAUGAUCCGGCGAUCAGUAGCAAUUUGUUGGCCAAUGGCCCACAUUGUAAUUACAAAUUGGCGAACAAAACUGUGUCCGAUAAAUUGUUGAGAGCGAAGCAGAACACUUACACGGAGUUGAGGGACUGCCACUGAUUAAUUGAGAACGGCAGGCACAAACAAAAGACUGAAGCAACGAACUUGAUGCGGCGGUACAAACGCGAGCUGCGACUUUUCAAGGAAUGCUGCUGGCGACAAUCUUAAUGCAAUUAGCACACUAUUAAUCUUGAUCAAAAUCCGAAAUUCAGCAAAUUCGCAAUAACAACCGCAAUGUAAAUGACUCAUUCGUCGCCCCAUUGUAAA